CGACGCAGUCUGGGAACGAGUGUGAUCACGUGAUUGCCGCAGGCUUGCAAGAUGGCGGUGGGCGUCAGGUGAGGUACAACAAACUCUACCUCCAAACUUCUGAGCUCCAAGUUCACGUCACGACGUCAUGGGCGAGUCCACGGGAACCUGUUGACGUCUCAAUCAAGGUGUUUUACGUACGACAGGAAAGUACGAGUCAAAACUCUGGCGAGCAGCUGCGGUUCAGACAAUUUGGAGGGGAGGCUGGAGCGAAGCUGACAGAGCGGGUUUGUCUACCAAGAAGGAAGACAAAGCCUUGCACAAGAUUUCAGGACACCAGAUUAUCUGUACAUCGUCGGUCUACGGUAGAGCAUUGGCUGCAAAACAUGUUUUUGGUUGAAAACGAAGUGCACCCGUGAGGGUAUUUGUUUGGAUUUGGAGUAUUUCGAAACGUGGUGUUUAAUAGGGUGGCAUAUUUUUCUUGGCCAGAGAAGAUUUUUGUGCAAGGAAGUGGCCUUUUCGUUGUUUUUUGUAGCAACUGAACAUAAGUUUGGAAAAAGGUGAAAGAAAAACUUUUGUAGGGUCCAACUCCGAUCGAACACGGCGUGAGAAGGUAGCGAGAGGAGGGUUGUAGUGCCGGUGUUGAUGCCACGAGAGAUCAUCGUUCCCACCGUGGCGAGUAUGAGUGUCCGGCGGGGGGCUGUGAUGUUGAUGCCGCCGGUGACAGUGACAAACGUCCUGGUGCUGGUCGCGCUGCUGGGAGUAACAGUUGAGCUGGUGUCAGGUCUUUCCUGCAUCCCCAAGCGCAACUUUCGCUCCCCGUACGUGACUCCGCUCUACCAGCAGCUCACGGUGUCCUCGGGGUGCGAGAGCCGCGCCACGGUAGGGUUCGACCACGAGGUGUACGUGGUGAACCUCCUGAGCGGAAGCCCGGCGUACCUCUCGGUGGCGAGUACGGAGGUCGCCCUGCACAUCUCGGCACGAAUGAACAGGAUCCUCCCCGGCCUGACGGAGAAGCCCCUGAUGUUUGUACUCAACUCGCACCAACCCAUUGUGUGGAAGAUCAAAGUGAAUGGACUCGCACCAAACAGACAGGCCUUUUUUCAUGUAACCCUGGGGUCCAGUGUGACAGUUGAAGGAGAGAUGAUCGUGGCGGUUAACACGGAGGGGUCGAUGCCCCUGCAGGGGGAGGCGCUGCUGGCGUGGACACGCCGCAUGUACCACGGGAUCACAUCCUUUACUGAGCUGGAACACGCCAAUGACAUCUACAUAAAAGUUGGAGAAGACAUGCUGUCCCCUCCUCGCUGUAACAUCACUAGAAAUUUCCUCAGCCCAAAUUCCUACUCCGCAUAUCUCCAGCCCCAGCCUGCGCACGGUUGCAUUGCCAUGACAACAGCUAAUCAGGAGCAAGAAGUACACGUUGUUGAGAUCCACUCUGCAAACAAGAACCCGUUUGCAAAGAUUCUGAGCAGUAUUGUUGUGGACAUCCAACCACGGGACAAGGAGAAGAUGGAACAGAACAUCGUGCUGGUGUUGAAGUCACACACAAAGGGGGUGAAGUGGAGAAUCAUGUCCCAGAAUAUCAAGGGAUCUCUACAUGUGCUGGCGAAUGCUCUGGUAGACGUGUCGGAGGCAGGAAUGGGACCUGUGACAUCACAGAUGGCGGAGAUCUCAGCCAAUGGGGAGGACCUGAUCAGAUGGGUGGAGCAGGACAAGGGGUACCAUCGUAUCCAGUCUUACACUGAAGUACAGCUCACCAACAGGCUACAGAUCAAGCUGGGGAUUCCAGAAGCCAGUCGCAUGAUUGACCAGGGGAUGUUGGCGGGCCGGACGCUGGACGGGUCGGUGCCCGUGAGCCGCCCGCCCCUCCCCAUGUCCCAGGAGGAGCUGGAGUCCGCCCUGCACGCCGCCAUGUCUGUCCGCUGUCGGGAGAGGGCCAUGGAGGUGGCACUGGCCAAGGCUGUGCUGCAGCCGUACGGCAUCACGGAGGUGCAGCUCAGUCUGCAGGAUGCUGACUGCACAGCGGGCGCCAACAUCACGCACUUCAUCCUGUCAACCACACUGGAGGGCUGUGCUACCUCGCGACACAUGCACACCAAGUCCGCUACCUUCUUCAACACGGUGGUGCUGUCAGGCAUGGUGGAGAUACAGCAGGAGGGUAGCGGGGACGCCGGCUCAGCCGACGGGCCAGACGCUGGAGACAUGGAACUGGAAGUCCCGUCUGUCAUCGCCAACUUUGAAUGCGACUACCCGUCAGUCAGCCUGGCGGAGGAACGCAUCGAUGGUUCCAUUUUGGAGGCUGUACCUACAGCAGCCAGCGAUGACCCUGUGUCCUUCCACAUGGAGAUUUACAAGACGUCCCUCUACAUGAGACCUGAGGUGGAGUUUCCUAUGGUGAAGGAGACGGACGAGAGAAUAUUCGUGGACAUUCAAGUUGCUACAGAUGAAGGGCUGGCACUGAAGGUGGACCACUGCUACAUGUCUGACUCAUCACUGAAAGACAGCCCACCUCUCUACAACCUGAUAGAAGAUGGGUGCCCAGUGACCAGUAACAGUGUGCAGUACCUGGCAGUCACACCCAUGGACACAGACAGUCUGUCCACACAGAAGAAGCAGCGCUUCAGCUUCCUCCCCAAGAACACGGUCAUGCCGUUUGUGUUCCUGCACUGCCAGCUGACGGUGUGCAGCGAAGGGGACAUCUUCAUACCAGAGAUAGAGCAGUGUGUGGACUUGAAUGACUUUUGCCUGAGAAAGCGAGAUUCAGAACAGCAUAGAGUGCCAAAGAGUAGCGUGUACUCACAGCAUCGCUUUGUGGGGCCGUUCAUUGUGAGUGGGAGCUCGGGAACGGAGGAGCCAGAUCACAAAGGAAAAGCAGAGGAAUCAAAAGUCAAGUCCAGACAAGAAGGUCCUCAGAUUGUGAUCCAAGGCUUGGAGGCAGGGACUGUGGUUGGCAUUGCCUUUGCUGCUUUUGUUAUUGGCAUAGUGCUGACAGCAACGCUCUGGUACAUUCACACUCACACAGGACCUAAAAGACAGAAAAGCGACAACAACAGCUCCCCUGUUCCACCCAGACAUCAGGUCCCACCAGCGCAGCUCCCACACAGACUACCAACCUACGACUGUAACGGGUACCACACGCAGAACCACAGAAAACCUGAGCCAGGGUCCACCUCAGUCUAGCCCAGGCUCGGCUGGGUGCAGUCAGCUGUAAACACAAAGACAGAUUAUAUAUAUAUAUACAUUUAACUUGUAUGUCAGAGUUGUGUUGGCAUCAUUUCUAGAUCUUAAUCAACUGAAAGAUAGAGUGGAUUUAUUAUUGAAGAGAUUCAUUAGUCACAUAUGAUCACAGUUAAUGGAACUUUCAUCUAACAGUGACUUCUUUUUAAAGGUAUACACACGUACCUCCAAACAAGAUGGGACGAAAAUUUGGAAGUAUGUGUGUAUACCUUAAUUAAGAAGUAACUUUUAGAUGGAAUUCUAUUAAGAGUGGAUUUAGAAUUUUGUUUCAGUUCUUCACUGGUCAGUUGAAUAUUUGGUUUCACUUGUUAUUGAAACAGGUGGGAAAGGGUGGACAGGUUUAGAAAUGACUCCCAACUUUGCAUAUGUCUAAGGGGAUUACCUCACAGGAUGGGUAGAGACAAUAUAAAUGUGUUUUAUGGUAUGCAGUACAGAUACAUAUGUGUAAAGAAAAAAGGAAAAAUUGAUGAGCUUUUUUUUUUUUUACUGGUUCUUACUAUAUAGUAUUUAUCUGUUUGUUUGUUUGUUUGUUUUUUCCAAACUGAAAGGAGAUUGAAAGCACAAAGGAGAAUUGAAGCACACCUCUUUACAUGUACAUGUACAUGUAUGCCACUGACAAUCCUACCUCCUUAUUUAUUGGAUACAAUGUAUACGAGGAGGUACAGACAUUGUGAUUCGCAGGAAGAAAAAAGUUGUUUUGGGGCUACUUUUAUACUAAUCUUGUAAAUAAUAAAGCUGUAAUGUGCCCUUUUGAAACUUUCAGGGCUCGAGGAGCCAAAUCAGCCAUAUAUUUGAAGAGAACCCUUAAAGGGAUUAUAAGUUCUAAGAAAAUAAGUACCCUGCUUGAAGUACCUUUUACUGGUAUAUAAUUUUUGGUCUUUUGCCAUAGUAACUUUAGUGUCAUGUAUAGCUUUCAGAACUCCCAGCUAAAAGCCCAUAAGUUAACUGAAAGCAUGCACCUGAGAAUAUGCUUUGAAAGUUUUAAUGAGAUGAUAACUUUACUUUUGAGUCUGUGUAUGUGGAGGGGGGGGGGUGAUCACAAGUAUCUUUCUAGAGAGAAGUUUCCAAUGAGUAAAAUCAUUGCAGCUUGUGUUUUUCAGUACCCUUUGUAUAUCAACAGAUGUUUUUGCUGACAAAAUGUAUGUGUCAAAACACAAGAUAUGAGAUUUAUUUAUUUUACUAAAGAAAUGGGCCGAUAUUAAGAUAACUUGAACAAGAGAUGGCUCAAUUGGCCAGAAUUGUUCACUCAGAAUUUGAUGCCACUGAAACAAAUGGACUUCCAACUUCAAGUACAAAUUUGUACAGUUUUGAUUCCCUUAAAGCAGUUGUACUGUAACUCAAGAUACAAUAUACCUUGUAAAAAAGCAUUUUUACAAUACCAGAUGAGGUAUUAUGAUCAAGAACUAAAAAUCACAUGCAGUCUCUAGUGUGGAUGAUGAAAGUUGAUAUGGCAAUAUUGUGUUAAAUGAGAUACAUUUCUUAAAGUCCUCAUGGGGCACCAAAUAUGUAAAUAGAAACUUGACUCUUAUAGUUGUUUAACAAUGUAAAGUAAUGGCUAACUGUCUAAUGGUGAACUGAGUGCCAUAUCGUAAACUGCUGAACAUAACUUUGGUCAUUAUGCAGAUGCAGCUUUGUGGCAAGGCCUUUAAUUGAGGGUCUAGUUUUCAUAUUUAUUAACACUUGUCAGUUGAAUUCAGUGUUGUAUCAUUUCAAGUAGCUGUUUAUGGCAAUCUUUAACAAUAUACGUUUAUAGAUGUAACAAAAAUGUGUUUGAACAGAAAGUAUUGAGUGAUAGACCCAUAGCAUUAACAUGGAAGUGAAAGAUACAUAUUACAUGUUUAGAAAGCCAAUUUGAUAAUGUUUUAGUUAUGCCCUUUGCAAUGUUUAAUAUGAUGCAGAAAUGUGCAGUGGCCAUGUGUUAUUGUGUAUAGCUUUUCUGAGUUUGGGCUGUUUUCACAUGCAUUGCCUUAGCCAUGUAGCCAUGACACCACACCUCAGGAUGCCUACUUUAUGUGCAGUCCUCAGAACUUGUAUAUUAUUGUAACCAACUCAGGUGUUUUGUAUAUUUACAGUUUGUGCUGUUUUGUAACAGAAAAUACAAAAAAGAGAUGGUAUGAAUCUAUUUUCAAUGGAUGUUAUCAGUAGUGUUAGUGUUGUUGUUCUAAACCUUUCUGCCACUUUGUAAUUAUGUACAGUGAUAAUGUGACAAGAUUUAAAAGUUCCUCAUUGUGUGAAGACGUUUAGGAGUUGAAAUAUGUCAAUACAAGAGGUACUAUUCUCA